AGAUGAAUAUACGAAGAUUACGACACCAAGGCAAGACAUGCUUUUUAAAAAAGGAUAUCUUGGCCGCAAGAAGUCAACUCCCACACCAAGCCAGGAUACUGGUGAUACUCAAUCAGCAGAAUCUGUAGAAAGUGAACAGUACUGUUGUGAAGAACAAAUGCCGCAGUAUAUGUACCCAGCUGCAGCAGGAUAUAUGGAUCAGCCAAGCAUUUAUUAUAUGUGUAAUUAUGAGGUCUACGACCCAAUGACUGGAGCUGUGACUGUAGUUGUUGGCCCUGCUCCUCAGUUUCCAGGCCCGCAGCCUGUUUUGGCUACACUUCCAUGUGCCCCUGUCCCCUUACAAUCAGUGGAAUGGUUCCAGCCACAGAUGCCUCCCCCACCACCUUUUACCAGUCGUAAAAAGAGUAGCAACUCUAUAGACUCACAGAAUUGGAGUGGUCAGAGUUCCGAGUCAACAUGCCCACCUGGCAGUCCUCAAGACCCUUCUGAGCAGUGUGAACCACAGCCUUACAUGUACCCUGGAUAUAUGUUCGGACCUCCUGUCUAUAAUAUGAAUGGAGUAAACAUACAAGGUGUUCUACCUCAAGGUUCCCAAACCAAUACAGAUCAGUCUAAAAGAAGAAAGAAAAGGAGGAGGAGAAGGAGAGGAGGAGUGACAGAUGAAGGAUCUGAAUCAAGCUGUGAAGAAGUGUGUAGCUUGGAAGCUCCAGUUUCAAGUUCUAGUUCCACAAAAACUAAUUCUGACUCUGGCAUCGCUACAGACCCAUGUGGCACUUCAGGAGGGCAAGGUUCUCUUUCUUCCCUCUCCAAUGAUGAAGCAGAUAAAGACAACAAAUCUAUUCCUAGUGAGCCAGACUCACACAUGGCAGAUAUCAAAGAAGAAAGGCCGUCACAGGAAGAAAAAGAAGAUCCACCAGCAGUUACAACUGAUUUGAUUGAACAUGUUGAGGAUGCUGCUUUAUGCCAAGAUCAUCUUGAAAAUUCUCCAGUAAUAAAUUCUGAAGAGACAGAACUAAUUACAGUCGUUGAAAACGACACUAUUGAAAAAGAAUUUAGAAAUUUAUCAGUUGAAGAAAAUGAUACUAAAGAACUGAGUUUAUUUGAAGAUGAAAGUACAAGUCCUUGUGAAAAGGAAGAGCCUAUAGAGGAACCUGUACUAGAGGUUUCAGUUUCAAAUAUAACAGAAGAAGUAAGUGACUGCAACCUACCUGAAGAAUUUCUGUUAGGUGAUACAACUGAAAGUGAAUUGAUAGCUCAGGAAGCUCUGGAAUUCACUGAGCUAAAUGACUUUCAUGAGGACUCAUACCUUGAACCUGAAAUUCCUCCUGUAGCUCCACCUCGGAGAAAGAAGUGCGCUAAAGUUGCCGAAAAACUAGCGACAAGGCUGGCAGAUGAAAUAGUAGCUGAUGCUGUUUCAAACGCAGCUGUUGAAAGGUGGCCUAUCACUUCAGCCGUAACAAAAUGGCUUGAAGAUUCAGAUGAUGAAAUUGAAGAGGGAGAAGAAGCUACCGGUCAAAAAAACGGGGAAGGCAACCCUUUCCCUGUGCCAUAUCAUAGUGGCGCAGGGACAAGGGUUGCCACAGCAUACGACAGCAGCCGGGUGAGGGAAAUGUGUGAUCCAAUCGCCUCUGUCAACAAAUAUUACCGCCUGGCACUCCCAAUCAAGACUGGACCUGGACCUUUUCCAUGUGGCAUAUGCUGCAUAAUACAAUAA